ACAGUCGCACUGUUACUCAUGAGCCCUUUUUAGUGGGCAUUUAUACUUUUUAGAACGAAACAGCUUAAAAAAAAAUCAGAGCUGAAACGGUCGGAGGAGGAUAGAAAGUGUGAAAUAUCAUCAAUCUUCAUAAAGUUUAUUUGGCAAAAAAAUCUGUGCUGACGAGCGAACAGUAAGCGUCAGCAUCACUCAUCAUGGUGGACCAUGACAACAGUGGAGAAAGGAAACGCCUUCCUCGAAUGGCAGCCUCCCUGAUGAUGCGCUUUGUGUCGGAGCGUGAGCCCACCUUUGGUCUGCACAGGGCCAGCCUCAGGCCUCCUCCCCCUGGCCAUGGGUUUGGGGACCUUCCUCAUGCUCCUGCUGGAGGAAACAGAUCCAAAACCCCUGAGCUACUUAUAGCUCACUCAGAGGAUCUUACUUCAUUCAGGCCAGCGACCCCUGUAGGCUGUGCACAGGAUCCACUGUCCUUCAUGGAGGAAGAGGAUUCGGACCUGGACUGCCUUUCGCUCAGGAGUCUGAGCAGCAACUCUGAAGGGGAAAGAACUUCACAUGGACAGGGGGACACAGCCGAGAGCUCCCCUAAAAGAGGAACCAGGUCUGGAGUGAGGUUUACCGACUGGCACAAGAAUCGUGUGGUGGCCCUGUGUAGCAAACGCUUUGACAAACUGCUGAGGGAAUGCCCCGAGUACCACAGCACUAAAAGCUGCCUUGCUGCUUUUGUCCUGGAGAGAGAGGUGAUUGACACAGGAGGGCAGUGUUGUGAGCAGUAUGAGGUGGUAGCGUUGGGAACAGGACAGGGUUGCUGCAGUGGAUGGCUCUGCUACACAGGCUCUGUUGUCCAUGACUGCCAUAGCAUUGUCAUUGCGCGCCGAGCCCUCAAACGGUAUCUGUAUAAGCAACUCCUGUUGUUCUACAGCUUAGAGCCAGAGCUACAUGAGCGCUCCAUAUUCCAAAGCAAUCCCACAGAGCUGCUGCUUCAGAUCAAACCGAAGAUCUAUUUGCACCUCUACACCAACCACACACCAAAAGGAGCAGCACAGUGCAUACUAAUGAAAUCCCAGAGCAGUGGCUAUCCAUCUCUGAAGCUGCAGUGCCACGCUAAAGGUUCUCUGAUUCCUGCUGCCUUCCUGCCGCCCAAUGUCUGGGGCUCACGCAUCUGCUGUAUGUCCGACAGCGCAAAACUCACCCGCUGGACCGUCACUGGAGUACAAGGGGCAUUGUUGAGUCAGUUCAUCAAGCCAUUGUACAUCACCAGUGCCAUACUUGGUGAUUCUAGUCACCUUGCAGAAAAUGUUUCCAACACCAUCAACAAGCGUCUGGGAACUGCUGUGAAUGAUAUUCUGCCUCCUCCCUACAAGCAAACCUCCAUCUUUUUCCAGAAUGGAGAGAGUGUGGGACACACUGUGAUCUCAGACACCUGCAAAGACUUCAGUAUUAACUGGUGCCUGGGAGACUCUAGCAUUGAGGUUCUAGACAGCAGUACUGGCUAUUCUGUCAGCAGUUCUCCCUUUGUGAGUGGACCUGGCUUCACCAGUAGGCUGUGCAAACGUGCCCAGUACUCCAGCUUCAGAAAAAUAGCCACAGUCUCUGGUCAAAAAGACCUUCUGACCUUUGCGACUUACCGCAAAGCCAAGCUUGCUGCCCAUCUGUAUCAGAAUGCCAAGACCGUGGUGAACCAGCAGUUCUUGGCCAACAACGCUGGACCGUGGAACUCCAAAAACCUGGUUGACAGUUUCAGCCAUUGAUUUCAUAUAUUGUUUGCUAUAUGUAAUCUCAGAAAUCCACUUUAGAAAAAGGUUAGCCAGAUUCUUUUAAAAAAUAAGGCUCAGAAAGUUCAAUUUAAAAGUUAGUAUAUAAUCACUUUUUGACUUCUAAAUUCUAAAUAGGGUUUAUUUGUUUCUGAACCCAGUUGGGUAUUUUUUUCACUCUUGCGCUUUGAAGAAAACUUUCAGUUGUUUUAGUUCAAAACGAUUAAACAAAUUUGAAGCAGUC